AUGCAGCAGACCAUCUACUUAGUUGUCGUCUAUGCGAUACUGUGCUUUAGGUUGGCCACGGGAGCCUCGACGGAAAAAAUCUGUAGAUGCAGCCCAGGUCAAAACUGUUGGCCCUCGACCGAGACGUGGUCCAAGUUCAACGAGACAGUCGGCGGCAGGCUCAUUCAAAACACGCCCCUGUCACUGCCCUGCUAUCUCGGCAAAUAUAAAGAUGAAAAGAUCUGCAGUACGGUGAGGCAAGGCUUCGGUAGCGCAUCCUUUCUGGCCGACCAACCCAUUGGCUACGACUACCCCCUCAACACAUCAUGCCCGCCACUGGCCUUUGGUGCUGUCCAAGACAGCAGCUGCGCACUGGGAAACUCUCCCGUGUAUACUGUCAACGUUAGCAAGAUUGAGGAUAUCCAAGCAACCAUCGACUUUGUCAAGAAGAACAACCUCAGAGCCGUCAUCAAGUCAACCGGGUAUGAUCUCCUGCAGCGGUCUACAGGCGCGGGGAGCGUUUCGAUAUGGCUUCGCAAUCUCCGGAAUGGUUUUCAAUUCUACGAUGCCAAUCCGGACCUGGAAUCUUGUGCGGAGAUGGGGUGGAACGGUAGCACGCUGAGGAUUUCGGGAUCAUAUGCUUGGUCUGAUUUGUACCCUGCCGCCAAGGAGAAAGGCGUAAUUAUUGUCGGGGGCAACGACUCGGGCGCCUCAAGCAUCGGCGGUUGGACGCAAGGAGGCGGCCACAGCCCCGUAACCCGCCGCUUUGGCCUCGGUGCCGACCAAGUCCUCUCAGCGCGCGUCAUCCUUGCCUCGGGGCAGCUGGUCACCGCGAGCCCCUGCCAAAACAAAGACCUGCUAUAUGCCAUCCGCGGCGGAGGCCCUGGAACAUACGGAGUGGUGACAGAGAUGCUGGUCAAGACGUACCCGGACGACAAGCCCGUCAACGUUGCCAAAGUGAGGAUCGGCUCACGUGGAGACAACGCGACAGUUAGAUUUGUCGAUGCGAUGACCGAGGUCUACAGCAGCUUCCCCGAGCUGUCGAAGAGAGGCUUUGCUGGCUAUGGCUCGUGGGCUGCCUAUCUCCCUGGGGAUGUAGGGGUAGAAGGGUUUACGAAUGUAUAUCAGCAGAACUUUACUUAUUUCGGAAGCUCUGAGGAGGCCCGGCAGCAGUUUGAUUUGCUGCAGGAGAGCCUAUCUAAGCUCAACAACACAGAGAAAAACCCCGCUGUGUCGAUAACAUGGACAUCAUUCCCCAAUUACGGAGCAUUCUUCGCCGCCAAGAAUGACAGCGUCCAGCCUGUGGGUAGCGUAUCUGCCCUCGGCUCACGGCUCAUCAGCAGCAAGGCCCUGGAGACCGACAAAGAAGGUCUUCGAAAAUUGCUAGUGGUCAUGGCUGGGCGGCCAGGACAGCCCGUCUCACAUAGACUGGUCCACCACGGGCUCGAGCACGCCGAGGCGGCCGUGCGGAACACUUCCAGCGCCCUGCAAGCGGGAUGGUAUAGGUCGGUUUUGCUCGAUGUGUUUGAGCGGGAGAUGGUAGGGUUUAAUGUUGUGGACAACCUUGAGCCCUGGAGUAGUGUGCGGGGUGAGCUGGCGACGACGAUGCGGGAGCGAUGGCCCGGAACAGGAACGUAUAUGAAUGAGGCAGAUUGGGGCGAUGCCUUGUGGAAAGAAGAGUUUUACGGGGAGAAUUGGGAAAGGUUGAGAAAGAUCAAGAAGGAUGUAGAUCCGGAUGAGGUCUUUUAUUGUUCGACCUGUGUUGGCAGCGAAGACUGGGUGGUGGAAGACGUGAAACUGUGUCGAAAUUAA